AUGCCCUCUUCCCAAACACUUUUCGUGAUCCCAAUGAUCAUCACGAUCGUCAUCAUUGGCACCAUUCAUUCCUUCCUAGUAUACUGUGAACCCAAUUCAUUCCUUUCCGAAACCUCAUCAUCAUCCACAGAAUUAGAUCAUCCUCAACAACAACAACAACACUCAAGUGCUUCCUCUCUCGCAUGGACCAUUCAUUCCUUCCUUCAAAAUUAUCAUACCGAAUAUUCAAACUCCCUUCCUUCAUUCGACCAUCACUCCUCCUCCUGGCAGACAAGAAGAAGAAGCCCACACCAUUCUUCACGCCACACACGUCAACAAUAUGCUUCAUGUGCCGCUGUCAAACCUUCCAUUGAUGAUUGCGGUGGUAGAAUUUCCAACAAUGUGAGUACCCUCGUGGCCAAUUCUCUCUCCUUCUACAAGGCUCAAGUCACCAAUGCCAUUGAUAAUUUCAUUGAAAAAGUCAAAUCCAAUUACAAUGGAGAAUUACCGACGGGUUGUGAAUCCUCGGCUCGUCACUAUUUUUGUUCGAAUACCUUUCGUCAUUGUUUAGAAGAUUCGAAUGGACAUGUUGAAAUUGAAAAGCCAUGUCAAUACAUGUGUACGAAUUUGUACCUCAAUUGUAUUAAGGAAAAACAAGUGGCUGAGAAGAGUGCCAAUCAUUAUUGUGGUACGGAGGAGAGACCUUCCGAUGCGUAUGCACGUCAACCGAUUUGUACCGAUGUGUAUUUGGAUCGAGCCAUGAGUGGUUAUUUGGCAAUGGGUUUAACCUUAUUGGGUUGUAGUAUGUUAUGUGGUGGAGUGUGUAGUGUGAGUUUAUGUGUGUGUAUGGUCAUGAAUUCAGCAAUGGAAAGAAAGGCAAGAAAGAGUCGUCGUGAGAUUAUUACUGUGAAUUCCAAUCAUCAUCAUCGAGAUUCCAUCAUGUCUUCUGAUUCUGCUCUUCCUUUCAAUAUGAAUCACCAUCUCAUUAGUGGUGGAGGAGAAAAUAAUCGAAAUAGUUUAAUUUCAACCACAUCGUCACAGCAAGAACAAGUUCCAUUGGCAUUGGGUGGAAAUGUGAUGAGUAAUUUUGGAAGUGUGGAUGUGCCAAUUGCAAAUCAUCGUGAAGAAGAAAUUGUGGUCAAUGCCAAGCGUGGUGAAACAACUGUUGUUGGAGUGAAUGCAAGUCAGGAUGAUACGAGUCAACCUGAAGAAAGUAUUUAA